UUGACCCCAACGUUUAUCUGUGCUGCUUUCUGAAUGUCCCCCACUCCCUCCAUCUCCCCCUCAGAGCCCCCGAGCCCCAGAAUGCCCCUGGGUCUAAGCCCCUGGAAGACGUGGCCCACUCCUCCAACCAUUACGAUGCUGACGAGGAUGAGGAGUACUACAGGAAGCAACUGUCCUACUUUGACCGCCGCAGCUUCGACAGCAAGGCCAUGAACCCCACCCCCGGGAUCAACCGCUUCCCACCACAAACCCAGCUAGCUUACCCUUACAACAGGGCGGAGUCUGUGGAGAAGGUGAGUCCGGUAGAGAAGAAGUACGAGCCCCUCCCCCAGAUCAGUCCUGUCUCCCAGUACGGACCCCCCAGCCCUGCCGUACCACCCAACAGCCUGCCCAAACUCACCACCAAUGAUG